AGUUUUUAAUUUCACAGUCAGCUUUAUCACUGAGGAUCUCUAACUUUCGAAAUCGUUGUUGAAACAAAUUUAGUAUCAUUAGUCAGCAGAAUUAAAUUUAUAGACUAGAAUCUAGAUCUAGAUCUAAAUCUAUAUUGUUUAAGCCUACGCAGUUGUUUGAAAUUGAAUCAGUUGAGUCUGGAACUUAUUGAUUUAAAAAAAUGCCUAGCUUGGAUGGCAUUGACCUGGCCAGUGGAACACAAGUCCUGCUGCUGUGGGCAGGAAGUGAGAUGUCACCUCUGAUGCAGGAACUGGUCACCACAAUCUCUGAUAAAGUCAAGUCUGGUGACACAGGGAGGGUACAGCUUGAACACAGUGAAAGGCUCCUUCUGUCCGCCUACCCAAGUUCAACUUUUGAUGUUGUGAUAUCUGGUUUCAUCAACCCCUUGUGCACACGACACAGCACAGACAUACUGGGGGAACUUUGCAGGGUUCUCAAACCACAGGGCAAGCUCUACCUGCAGGAGCUUGUGGCCACACAGGGGCAAGGGGAGGGCAGCAUCAAAUCAAAGGAUAAACUGGUUUCAACACUUAAAAUCUCAGGGUUCAUCAAUGUUUCAGAGCCUCGUGAGGUUUCUUUAAAUGAUGAUGAGAAGCUGGAACUGAAGCAGGGGUCAGAGGUGAGCUCUGAGACAGCCCUGUGUAGGGUAGAUGGACAGAAGCCAGGCUAUGAAGUUGGAUCAGCUUCACAGCUGAAGUUAGCCUUUAGACCAAAGCCUGCAACACAAGUAGAUGAAAACGUGACCAAAGUUUGGUCCCUCAACUCCAAUGAUUUGUUAGAUGAUGAUGUAGAUUUGGUGAAUGAGGAUGAUUUAUUGGAUGAGAAUGACUUGAAAAAACCAGACCCGUCAUCUCUCAAAUUUGACUGUGGGGGUGGAUCAUCAACCAAGAAGAAAGCCUGCAAGAACUGCACCUGUGGCCUGGCUGAGGAACUGGAGCAAGACAAGAAACAACCUGAUACAACAACCAAAACCUCUGCCUGUGGCAAUUGUUACCUUGGAGAUGCGUUCAGGUGCGCCAGUUGUCCCUACCUGGGUAUGCCAGCGUUUAAACCAGGUGAGAAGGUGCAGUUAUCAAACCAACAGCUCAAAGCUGAUGCUUAAGUACACAGAGAACUGGAGAAUUUUGUAUAGACAUUUGAUGUUGUAUUAAAGUGGAGGCUUUUAAAUCAAAA